UUUAAGUCGUUUCUGUAAUUACUCAUCACACUUAAUUUGUUAAUGUAUCUUCAUAGGACUCGGCAAGGGUUCAGUACCAGCUACCAAGUCUCAUUGCAUCCUUGUCGCCACCUACCAGUCCUAAACGCCGUUCUUCACCAUACAGCAUUCCAUCGACUCAGGAACGUGACGCUCUCCGACUGCGACGUAUGCCUCGCUUCAAGGCUAGGCCAUUAAAUCCGAAGGUUUUCACCAGUGCUGGAGAUUUAGGCGUGCCUCGCAUCCAAAAGAGACCACUCACUGUACCAGUGUCGCCAGAAUUCAGCAAAAGAAAAACGAGGAGUGUGGUUGCUGAGAGUGAUUUGAAAGCGAAGGAAGUUGUCAACGGUGCAGCAGCAAUGCGGUUGAAGAACAUGGUCAGAACAGAAAAGGCUGCUGUUAGUCAUUCCAGGCCUAGCGAUAUACACAAGCUGUCUCAACCUACCAUACCGGAAAGGAAUAACCUUCAAACCAUAGGAGCAGGAGUUCAGACGACGAUGUUCGGUCGAAAAGGAGUUGCAGCGACGGCUGCUAUCAGGAUGUCUGCCACUCCUGUGACUCUCUCGGGGUUCAAUCCGCUGGUGGUUCCAAGCGUAGAUCAGACGCGCACCAAGACUCAUCUUUGUUCGAUCACAGGGCCGCCUCGACGCGAAGAGGGGCCUUCGACACCACCGAUUCCCAAAGCACCGAUUUUGACGACAACCACCUCCAGAUCGAAAUCAAGAUCAAAGUCACAACCCGGUCCACCCAUGUCGAAGCUGCGUCGACCAGUAACGCGGCCUGUUCCAUUUGCGUUUGCAACUUCAGAGCUCCAGAGGCGGCGGAUGUUAUUUGAGCCUACGAUCAGUAAGCCUACAGAGGCAGCGACCUCCUCUGCGGCGGCCCCCGUGAGUCCCAUUAUAUCAACGGUAUUAACGGCUAGUACCGCCGCUCGCUUCACGUCCAGUGCAAGUGCGUUGCGAUUGGAGGAUUUGUAGUCCAUUGGGUAGCUGGAUAUCCAUGAAAUAAAGCGGUCGUCUUUAAACGAAAUGUUUACGCCGCCUGUCAUCUCCAUGAGUAACCUAGACUGAGUCCACAAUCAGAUCAGGCUCAGGACCAGCAACCAUCGACAUUCUCUUCGCGCCAUAUUCGAGCAAGUGUCAG